AUGGCGAAGGAUAACUUUCUGCGACUGCAGUCCAUAUAUUUUCGCCUUUUGGGACUCGAGCUAAGGCAGGACAAGGAGGUGAGCCAUCGAUAUCCCUUGAGGAUUAUCUUCUGCUUUUUUUCGGUGGCCACGUUCCUGCCUCUGACCAUUGCCUUUGGGAUAAGCAAAAUCCAGAAUGUAGAUCAUCUUACGGAUGCCCUGUGCUCAGUCCUUGUUGAUUCACUCACCAUUUGCAAAAUCGGAUUUUUACUUUGGCUUUAUGCGGAUUGUAGGCAUCUGGUCAUAAGUUUUCAAUGUAAGCUUCGAAGAGAACAACAAUAUAGUGAUCGUGAGGCUAUUUUAUUAUCUUACAAUAAGCGGGAUCAGUUCUUUAGUGGCCUGUACUGCCUGUGUUUUUUAUUGGCUGGAGUUUCUGCCUGUCUGAUCCCACUUCUGUCCAUUUUUAUCACCCACCUUCGAACUGGAGAGCUGCAACCGGGACUGCCCUUUCCAAGCGUCUAUCCAUGGGAUAAUAAGCGUCCUUUUAAUUACCUCGUCUCCUAUUUGUGGAAUGUCAGUGCUGCGGUGGGCGUGGCCCUGCCCACAGUCUGUGUGGACACUCUCUUCUGCUCCCUCACCCACAAUCUGAGUGCACUAUUCGAGAUUGCCCAACUGAAAUUAAUGAACUUUAGGGGCCGAAGUCUGGGCGAGACCCGUGAGAAACUGGUGCAUGCUUUUCAGUUGUACGGAGAAUGCCUGGAACUGGGCCAGUCACUGAAUGGAUACUUUAGGCCUCUCAUCUUUGCCCAGUUUGUGGCAGCUUCCCUGCACCUGUGCGUUCUUUGUUUCCAGCUAUCAGCCAAUUUGAUGCAGCCGGCGAUGCUAUUCUACGCGUCCUUUACAAUAGCCAUCCUGGGGCAGGUGUCCAUCUACUGUUUUUGCGGAUCGAGUGUCAAGGAGAGGAGUCAACAAUUCGCCCACGCACUCUACGAAAGCCCCUGGCUGCAGCUUUUGGAGGACGAUAUCAAACUGGCCAGAUCCUUGCCGUUUGCCAUGAUGAGGGCCCAGCGAGGAUGCCGCAUUGACGGGUUCUUCUUUGAGGCCAAUAGGCAAACGCUAAUUUUGAUUGUGCGCAGUGCCAUUUCAUAUGUGGCCCUUCUCAGAUCGCUCGCCUAG